UAUCUUUUUUAGAGUUUUCAAUAUCCGUGUUUAUUGGCUGAGUUAAUAUUUGGGGUAUAAUCAUCACUCAAGCUCUCGAUUUGGCUUGGAUGGGUGUUCAAAACAACUUCAGAAAGUAUUGAAUCUUUCUGUUAUCUCCGUGCCUAGAUCUCGUUGAGUUUGUAGCGUGUGUUGUGUGGAUUCUUGUAGCCAUUGGAGACAGGGAAAGAUGAUUUCUAGGUCGUACACCAACUUGCUAGACCUCGCGUCAGGGAACUUCCCCGUCAUGGAGAGAGAGCGCAGCAGUACUAGUAGCAGGCUUCUUCCUAGAGUAAUGACAGUUCCUGGCAACGUCUCCGAGUUCGACGACGACGACGACCACUCCUCCGAGGACAAUCCCUCCUCGGUCUCCUCCGAUCGAAUGAUCAUCGUCGCGAAUCGUCUCCCCUUGAAGGCCGAGAGACAAAACGGGAGCUGGAGUUUCACCUGGGACCAAGACGCGCUGUACCUGCAGCUCAAGGACGGUUUCCCCGAGGACAUGGAGGUCUUAUACGUCGGAUCUCUGAGCGUCGACGUGGAACCGCGCGAACAAGAAGAAGUGGCGCGGAUACUGCUUGAGAAAUUCAAAUGCGUCCCCACUUUCUUCCCGCCCGAUCUGCGGUCCAAGUUCUACGACGGAUUCUGCAAGAGGCAGUUAUGGCCGUUAUUCCACUACAUGCUUCCGUUUUCUCCACCUGACGGAGGAGGAGGGAAAAGAUUUGACCGGUCAAUGUGGGAGGCUUACGUGGCAGCUAACAAACUCUUCUUCCAGAGAGUCAUCGAGGUGAUAAACCCUGACGAUGAUUUCGUCUGGAUCCACGAUUACCAUCUCAUGGUUCUCCCUACUUUCCUUAGAAGACGGUUCAACCGGAUCAGAAUGGGCUUUUUCCUCCACAGCCCGUUCCCUUCCUCUGAGAUAUACAGAUCCCUCCCCGUCCGCGAAGAGAUCCUCAGGUCGCUGCUGAACAGCGACCUCAUCGGCUUCCACACGUUCGAUUACGCGCGUCACUUCCUCGCUUGCUGCAGCCGGAUGCUGGGGCUGGAGUAUCAGUCUAAAAGAGGUUACAUCGGAUUGGAGUAUUACGGGAGGACGGUGGGGAUCAAGAUCAUGCCCGUGGGGAUCGACAUGGGGCGGAUACAGUCCGUGAUGAAGUGUUCGGAGGAGGAAGGAAAUGUGAUGGAACUUAAAAAGCGUUACGAAGGAAAGACGGUGUUGCUUGGGAUCGACGACUUGGAUGUUUUCAAAGGGAUCGACCUAAAGCUGCUGGCGAUGGAGGAGAUGCUUAAACAGCAUCCGAGCUGGAGAGGGAGAGCCGUGUUGGUUCAGAUCGUGAAUCCCGCUAGGGGUAAAGGGAUCGAUGUUGAGAAGACACGUGGCGAGAUCGAAGAGAGCUGCGGGAGGAUCAAUGAGGAGUUUGGAGGAGGAUAUUAUCAACCUAUUGUGUAUAUUGAUACUCCGAUGUCGAUAACUGAAGUUAAUGCUUAUUAUCAUAUAGCCGAGUGUGUGGUUGUUACGGCGGUUAGAGAUGGGAUGAACCUUACUCCUUAUGAGUAUAUAGUGUGUAGACAAGGAGGUCCGAAGAAGAGCGUGUUGGUCGCGUCGGAGUUUAUCGGAUGCUCUCCUUCGCUCAGCGGGGCGAUAAGGGUGAACCCGUGGAACGUCGAAGCGACCGGAGAGGCGCUGAACCAGGCCUUGUCGAUGAGUGACGGUGAGAAACAGCUGAGGCACGAGAAGCAUUUCCGGUACGUUAGCACUCACGACGUUGCGUUUUGGUCGAGGAGUUUCUUGCAAGAUUUGGAGAGGAUAUGCGUGGACCAUUUCAAGAAGAGGUGUUGGGGGAUGGGGAUUAGUUUUGGGUUCAGAGUUGUGGCGCUUGAUCCUAACUUUAGGAAGCUUUCGAUACCGAGCAUUGUGUCGGAUUACAAGAGGGCGAAAAGGAGAGCGAUACUGUUGGAUUAUGAUGGCACUCUGAUGCCUCAAAACUCUAUUAAUAAAGCUCCCAGCCAGGAAGUUAUGGACUUCUUGGAUGCGCUUUGUGAGGACGAGAAGAAUACUGUUUUCAUUGUGAGCGGAAGAGGAAGGGAAAGCUUAGGCGAAUGGUUCUCUCCGUGUAAAAACGUUGGGAUUGCAGCAGAGCAUGGAUACUUCUUAAAGUGGCCAGGGAGUGAAGAAUGGGAAACAUGUGGCCAGGGAACUGAUUUUGGUUGGAUGCAGAUAGUGGAACCUGUAAUGAAACAGUACACGGAAUCUACAGAUGGGUCUUCCAUUGAAGUAAAAGAUAGUGCUCUGGUUUGGCAAUACAGGGAUGCAGAUCCAGGCUUUGGUUCUUUGCAAUCAAAGGAAAUGUUAGAGCAUCUAGAGAGUGUUCUAGCUAAUGAGCCUGUUGCAGUCAAGAGCGGUCACUACAUUGUAGAAGUCAAGCCUCAGGGAGUGAGCAAAGGAUCUGUAUCAGAAAAGAUAUUUUCAUCAAUGGGUGAAGAUGGGAAGCCAGCUGAUUUUGUGCUCUGUAUUGGAGAUGACAGAUCUGACGAAGACAUGUUUGAGGCGAUUGGUAAUGCAAUGUCGAAAAACUUGCUCUGCGCAGAUGCUCUUGUGUUUGCAUGCACAGUUGGGCAAAAACCAAGCAAGGCUAAAUAUUAUUUGGACGAUACUAUGGAAGUGAGGAGUAUGCUUGAAUCUCUAGCUGAAGCAUCAGAGGCUUCAAACUUUUCUAUGCGUGAACUUGAUGAUGCCCUUUGAUUUGGAAACCAGAGUUUUGCCAGGUUUUUGUCCUCUACUUGCUCUGUUUGUGCAACAAACGAUGGUCUUGUUCUCAUAGAACAGUAUCAAUGAUAAUGUGCAUAGAUGGCUAAAGAGAUGAUACAGACAAAGACAAGGAACAUAGCUGUGUGGUUUGGUCUGUUGUGAUUGAAAGAAAGGAUAAAAGCUGAUGUGAAAUUUUGUUCUGUUCAGAUGGUGUUUGGGGGGAGCAAAAGACGAGGAAAAUAGCUGUGUGGUUGGUUUCUUAAAAAUCUUUGCAGGAUGUUGAAGUAAUAACAAGCAAAAGCUUUGGUCUUUAUUUUUUUCAUUUCUAGUAGUAUUAUUAAAAUUGUAAUUAGAUGAUCUUGUUAAACUUUCAUUUUGGAUUCGGCUGUUCAUUGAAUCUGGGAAAAAAAUGUGAAAAAAAUAUUUAAAGAUAAGUUGUUCACCA